AGACUCCCACCUACUUCUGUUUAUCAUGAAGCAUGCGCUUUGGCCAUUGACACACAAAUGGCUCUUGCUUCCAAUGUUUUAAGACCUCAGCGAGCUUCAAGGGGGUUGGUUCGUGACUCAAUGGGCCAUUGGGUUCAAGGCUUUGCAACCCACAUAGGAACUACUUCAAGCUUUCUGGCAGAAUUGUGGACGUGUAGAGAAGGUUUAAAGCUAGCUUGCCAGCUGGGUAUUGAUCACUUAAUUUUAGAGAUGGAUUCUUUACUUGUUGUCCAGAUGAUACAGGAUAGAAAAGGGGUGGAAGGUCCUGCUACAGUUUUGUUUGCUGAUAUAUUUGGCCUAUUGAGUUCCUUUAGCGUCUACUUUGUUAAUCACACACUUAGGGAAGGCAAUUUUACUACUGAUUUUAUGGCUUCUUUGGGGCAUGGAUUACCGGUGGGCGCAACUUACUUGGUGGACCCUCCAGCUGGUCUCAAUCAAAUUCUUCAAGGAGACACAAUGGGGACGAUGUUCCUUAAAGUUUAGCUGAUCUCUUUCCUGAUAUAGCUUCCAACGUACGAAAAUAAAUAAAAGCAAGUUAAAAUAACACAUAUUCGGAGACCCUUCAUCAGGACUAGAGAAUCCCAGCUCAUAUGUUUUUCCCCGAGAAACAAGUGUUACCUCGUCAGUGAUUUUCUGGUUUGGAUCAAUUGUGUCUAUUGCAGCCCUGAAAGGGUAUUCCUUCUCAUCUAUAUUAUAAAUUUAAUUUAACUAU